GCGGCACCUCAGGGACGAUGGCGGAGGGCGAUAAUCGCAGCACCAACCUGCUGGCUGCAGAGACAGCAAGUCUGGAAGAGCAGCUGCAAGGCUGGGGAGAAGUGAUGCUGAUGGCCGACAAAGUCCUCCGAUGGGAAAGAGCCUGGUUUCCACCUGCUAUCAUGGGCGUGGUUUCUUUGGUAUUUCUGACAAUCUACUACCUAGAUCCAUCUGUUCUGUCAGGUGUUUCCUGUUUUGUUAUGUUUCUGUGCUUGGCUGACUACCUUGUUCCCAUUUUAGCGCCUAGAAUUUUUGGCUCCAAUAAAUGGACCACUGAGCAACAGCAAAGAUUCCAUGAAAUUUGCAGCAAUCUAGUGAAAACUCGACGCAGAGCUGUGGGCUGGUGGAAACGCCUCUUCACACUAAAGGAAGAAAAGCCUAAAAUGUACUUCAUGACCAUGAUCAUUUUUCUUGCUGCGGUUGCUUGGGUGGGACAGCAAGUCCACAACCUUUUUCUCACCUACCUGAUUGUAACUUCUGCAUUGCUGCUUCCUGGACUAAACCAACAUGGAAUCAUUUCGAAGUACAUUGGAAUGGCCAAGAGGGAGAUAAACAAGCUUCUUAAACAAAAAGAAAAGAAGAAUGAAUAAUGCAGCUGCUUUCUUCAGAGUGAUUGAUGGGGGUAUAUAUUGUCCCUGGGAACAGUUUCUGCUGUGCUAUCUGUAGACUCAAAUGUUACAGAAGUAGCUCUUUGCCCUCCCUCAUUCUGCCCUUAGUUAAUAGAAAUUCAAGACUUGCUGAGUAAGGCUUUGUGCAUAGUGUCUUCAUGUCCAGUGUAGCUGGGUAUAUUCUCAUCAGUUGACCUUAUAUGGACAACUCAGUGAGUACUGACUUGUUUUGAAUUUUCUCACCCACAGUUAAUUGAAUUCUUAUUUUUAGGCAAUUUCCCUUAAAGUAAUAUAGUAGUGAACUUUAUCCUUUAGUACAGUUACCAGUGACUCUUGAUAAUUGUUCAAGUUAAUCUUUGCUUGGGCUAGAUACGAGGUUGUGGUCUGUGGCUACAGGAAGCUGGUUCUGCAGUCUGCUUCCCCAGCGUGCUUACAAUAACUGUUUGGCUUCGUGAGUACAGAGACCAUUUUUACCACUUUUGAUGAAGAGACCAAUUAAGAUUCAUUCCACAUUGUGUUUCUUUACCGUGGAGGAAGAAUCCCCAUGGGAUAAAAUGAAACUGAUUCCAUGUCCCUGGUAUGUGUUGGUUUCUCCCUUGAGUAAAACUUAGCAAUUUGUAGGAAACAUUGAUCUUUUGUCCCAAAUGGGGACUCUGACAGGCGUAGAGCUCUUGUCCCCUCCCAUGUAGACUUGAGUUUACUAGCAGACUUCCAGAAGAUUAUAUUUAGGAUUUCUAACAUAGUUUUUAUUGCAGAUUUUCAGCUAACUAAAAUUAAAGUACGUAGUAGGUUAAGACUCAUGUCUAUGACCUUUACUCUCACUCCAAGACCAGCCAAUGAAGGACAGAAGUCUUCUUAGGUUUAGUCAGGAUUCAUUUCUUUAGAAAACAGUUGAUCCUACUAAUUUUUCAAGACCAGAGUAAGUCUUUAAAAGUAAGCCUCAGGAUUCUCAUUUUAUGGCAGUACUGGCUCUUUUGGUUCCCACAGAUUUGGAAUAGGGGGUGGGGACCAUGGUGGCCUCUGACUUUUUCUAGAUACUGCUCUCUAGAAUGCACAGGCUGUUGGUUAGAGCCAACUGGUGGUGAUGACUGUUGGCCUCUGGUCUACAAAGAUUUUGUAAUUCCUUGGAAAGCUUCUUAGAAUCGGUCUCUCAGUAACUAGAAAUUUAAAGUAGUUGCAUUCUGUAGGAGUGAUCCUCUGAGGGCCAAAAAAUGUGACAUAUUUGGGAACAGUUCUUAAACUCUGAUUAACUAGGUGUCAUAGUCUUGUGAAUUUAUUGCACUGAUAAACUGUAAAACUUGGACCUUGUGGUAUAUCUAUCCCUAAAUAAGUGUUUCCUUCCUUCUAUACUGCUGUAGACAGCAGCACCCAUGUAGCAUGUUUUGUUUUUUAAUGUUGCAUAUGAAAAUUACCUUAAUUUUACAUGUGUUUCCUCAUUGUAAAUAAACCUGUCUUCCUAUCUGAAUUUUUUUUUGUGUAUACAUGUUCUACUGAUUAACCACUUUUACAGUUUAAUCCUGUAUUCUUUCUUCUACUUUAUGUAAAGGGAGAAAAAUAAAAGUUGGAAUCUU